CACAAGUUAGCGCCAGAACAGAAUUAAACUUGUAACGCUUUGCUCUUAACUUAACAUUAUACAUACCUACAAUAAUUCGAUUAAAAUUCGUCAGACAUUGAAAUUUUUUUAUGUAUUAUAAUUGUUAUAAUAUUUAAAUGAUUGAAUAUAUUUCCAUGAAGCAAAAAAUAAGUGAAAACAAGAAAAUUGAUUUCAUAACUUGAAGCAAUGUUUUUGUAAAAGAAGACUUAUUGCUAUUGUUAUUGGUCAAAGCAAUCAGUAGCUGAGGAUUUUGUUAUACUAACAAAGCCAUGUCUCGUAAAGUUCCUGGUUAUGAUAUAGAUUCUGGUGGACUGAUGCCACAAAUACAGGCAUUGAUUGCUCCACCUAGUUCAGAUGAUUCUUUAAAAUUUAAAAAAGAAAGAGAAGAGAGAAGGCAUGUAUAUUUCAAGAGGCCUGGACGUGGUCAUAAUAGAGAUUCAUGUGAUGCUUGUCGUGAUGGUGGAGAAUUAAUAUGUUGUGACAAAUGUCCAGCAUCUUUCCAUCUUCGAUGCCAUGAUCCUCCCUUGGAAUUAUCAGAUAUUCCUAAUGGGCAAUGGGUUUGUCAUUCUUGUCGAUGUGCUUCAAAGAAAGAAAGUAUCCUUGUACAAAAAAAAAAGAAAAAAUCUGCCCUAGAAGUUCUAGCCUUUGCAGCUUCAUUAGUCAAUCCUAAAGAAUUUAGUUUACCUAGAGAAUUACAAUUACCAAUUACAUUUCCUGGAACAGAUAAAAUAGAUCCUAUUUCUUGCAAAAGAGGAAGGCCUAGUAACUCGAAUAACCUAAAUGGUAAAAUUCAUUAUUAUGAAAAUGGAUCAAUUAUUCCACUGCCAGCUCGUCUUUGUUUUGAAUGUGGAAGAAGCUGCAGAAAGGCUCCUCUUAUUGCAUGUGACUACUGCCCUUUAUAUUUUCAUCAAGACUGCUUAGAUCCUCCAUUAACUGCUUUUCCAAGUGGUCGGUGGAUGUGUCCAAAUCAUUCAAAUCAUUUUAUCGAUCAAAACCUUUUGACUUCUUGUGCUGCCACAGAGAGAAUAAAAUUGUGGGAUAAGUUUGCUCAUCAAAGGAUUGAUCAACAUGCAGUAAAAUUACAGUUUUUAAGAAAAGCACAUGCAAUUAAUCCUCCAUUUAGAAUAAAAGUUCAACACAAUCAAAAGUCUAGAGUGAAAGUUCCACCUACUGUAAAAUUUCAUUACGCAAAUCCAACAGAGCUUGAACUUUGUAAUCAGUAUGGAUCUACUAAUUUCAUAUAUCUAACUGCGAAAAAUUCAUCUUGUACAGAUAGUUCUAAGGAUGAAUGUGAAAAUGUGCAAAAGGAAAACGGUGAAAGUGUGGUGCCAGAUGUAGAAGAAAUCAAAUCAAGAGAUAAUGGCAUUUUGUUAGAGAAAAAUGAACAAAAUGAAAAAAUGGAAGUUGAAGAAGAAAAGGAGAUAAAGCAGUGCACAGAUGAAGCAGACAAAAGAGAAAAAAUAGUACAAAAUGAUAGGACGAAUGAGUUGAGCGAUGAAAAAAAAUGUGAAAGUGAUAGAGAAAUGGAAGACAACAUUUUUCUAAGAAGUAAUUUAGGUGUAAAUCUAAAAGAAGGAAUUAGUCUCUUAGAAAGACCAGUGUUGGAAGCAUUAGCUCAACAGAGAUUAGAGCAAAUAUUGAAUCCUGGCGAUGAUUCUUAUAAGAUACUCAAUCGUGCAGGAAAAGCAAAAGCUCUAUUGUUUCCUUUGGGAAAAACUCUAGGUCCUCCAGUAUUUAUAACUACUAAGACUUUGAAUAUUGGAACUGGUGGUGAUUCUGACAUGAUACUUACUCAAUAUGGUCCAUGUGGUUUUUUAUCUACCAAACAUGCUGUGAUUUUUUUCGAUGAGACCACUCAACGUUAUGAACUGUUGAAUUACAGUGAACAUGGAACGUUUGUUGAUAAUGUUUUAUACUCCUGCAAUUACAGUAUACAUCCAGACGAUAUUGAGUUCUCGGAUAGUCCAAAGGAUGGCCAAUCUUCAAAAGUGAGAGAUCAGGAUAUGGUAGAUAUAAUAAAAAAAAUAGCAAAUAGGAAUAGACAUCCAACAGAAAAUAGUGUACCGAAGAUGUACAAUUGCAAGUGCGCUAAGAGAAUGGAGAGGUAUAGCGGUAGUAAUUACAUGAAUCAAGGUUGGGAAGGUAGUGCCAUGAUCGAUCACGGAUCAAUAGUGUCGUUUGGCUGUCUUACCUUUGUGUUUAGCGUGGUAGAUCAGUAUACGAGUCGAUAAUACUCAGAAUUGUG